CUUUAAAGUUGUCAAAGAAAACGUCAAAAUCAAACUCAAGUGACAUCAUGCGUCAAUAUUCUAUUUAUAAUUCCGUCAUUUCUGUCUAAUCAACUUUCGAUUUUGUGAUUAAAGUGAAUUUUUGUUUGUACUGACACUAAAAUCUCUUGUUUAUUUAAAAUUUCGUUCGUAGUUGACGAAGCUUAAUAAAAUAUGUCUGUAAAUAUACCCGAGUGUCCAGCAAGCUUGAAGUCAAUCCAGCAUUACCUAAAGACUGCUGCAGAACAUGAUACUAGAGAUCCAGUGGUGGCUUAUUGGUGUAGACUUCAUGCAUUACAAGUGGGACUGAAAAUUGCUAACAAGAAAACCCCAGAAGAAACGAAAUUACUGAUGGGUUUAAUGGACUGGUUAGAAGAGGCUAAGAAAACGAAUCGAGAAAAUGAGGCAAUUACUAACGAAGUAGCAGCGCAAGCCCAUCUUGAAAAUUAUGCAUUAAAACUAUUUUUAUAUGCUGAUAAACAAGACAGAGAACAAAAUUAUGGAAAAAAUAUUGUAAAGGCUUUCUACACAGCUGGUAUGAUUUAUGAUGUCCUGACUACAUUUGGUGAGCUCACUGAUGAAGCUACCCAAAAUAGAAAGUAUGCCAAGUGGAAGGCUGCUUACAUCCACAACUGCCUCAAGAAUGGAGAGACUCCUGUUCCAGGACCAAUGCAAUCAGAACAGGGAGAUGAAAAUGCUGAACAACCUGCGAGUGACGGUUUGCCUGCGCCAGCGCCUGCACCUGCUCCUACAGAUUUGCCUCAAGUGCCGGGAUUUACUACUGUCACUCCAGCAACACCACCAGUAGCUCCAUCCAGUUUCAACAGUUUUCUGCCCGAUCCCAACGCUGCAAUGAGAGCAGCUUCCCAACUCCCACCAGUACCAUAUACUCCUGAUCCAAACCCUGGCGGUUUCGUUCCUUAUGAUCCAUCACAGCAACAGCAACAACCAGAACCAACACCAACUAAUUUAUAUGGUGACAACAGAAUUGCACAGCUAUCUCCAGAUCAAAUCGCAAAAGCUCAAAAAUAUUGUAAAUGGGCAAGCAGUGCACUCAACUAUGAUGAUAUUAAGACCGCUGUAGGCAAUCUUAAAAAUGCCUUGGAAUUACUGCAAACAGGUCGUGAUCCUGCUUGAAUAAUAACAGUUCAUAUUGUGAUAUACAUACUGUUUGUAUAAAUUGUUUUAUUUUUACUAUUUGCUUUAUCAAGUUAUGUUGGAGGCAAUAUUAAAACUAAUUAACUUUAUUAUUAUAUACAAUAUAAUUGUUCAAUGUUUUAUAAGCUUGCACGAAUAAAUAAUAUAACUGAAUAUAAGGCAGCAUUAAACCUUGACUUUCUUUGAAUGUUACUGUCUAAACUACUCUGAUUUUAAGUAAAAACUGUGUUGUCCCACCUGCUGCCAUAUUUUACUUACUAUGUUUUGAAAAUAAUUACUUAAUGAUUUUAAAUUAGUACAAUCAAUUACGAUUUUUUUCUGGCUUGCGUGCAUUUUAUAUACAUUGUAAGGGUCUUUCUAUAUCCGCUAGUUCUAAUGAUUAUAGGCAAAUAGCUGUUAUAAAAGUGUUUGCUAGAAAUGAAUCUGUUUUAAAUAAAGUAAGCGAUAACAAAUAUAUUAUAUCUUGUUACUGAACAAUGAAACUUAUUAUUUUCUUACAAUAAUAAAUAAAAUUAUAUGUGUUCAACAAAC